AUGCCGCUUCGCCCGGCUCUCGGUGAUCAGGCGGACCAGGAGCAAGUCGUGGAUACGUACUCAUACGGUCCCGAGGAGAAGCAAGAAUUGUCCGAAAAGACGGCAAGAGGGAUGUCUGAGCAGGGAGAUCACGAUCAACAGGAUUCGGAAGACGGGCCCGAUAGCAUGGAUGAGAUCGAGGAACCUAGCUUUAUCCGUCCACUUCGACGUUCGGAUAUCCCGUCGUACAAGAGGACCGCGGCACAUCGCCAGGCCAAAAUCAUGGAGGGGCAGAACACAGCAGGCGUACAUCCUAUGUCCUUAUGGAAGAUACGACAAAACGCGGAUUCCGACGAGUUUGAGUUCUUCGUCCCCGAGCAUUAUCAACCUGGGACGACCGGUGGGAAUGAGCAUUUUCGACCUGAGACGACUGGCAGGACUGACAGCAGGAACCAGUCGGAGAAGCCGUGGUGGUCCGCCCCGGACGUCCAAGCCAUCCUGAUGAGGCUAUCUCAGCCACGUUCGCAGGGAUAUCUUCGUGCUUUUGGUUGGGCUCAGCUUUUUCACAAGUUUUUCCCUCCCGGUGCCAUCAUCUCGGUAGGGACCCAGGUCGAGAUCCCUCAUCUGCUUUCGACCGCGCCGAGAAGCUUCAACGACUUUGCCGGACAUCCGCUGACUGUUGCCACCCAGAGGAUACGGGACGGCGGAGACGAAGAAGACGAAGCAGGUGAAGCCGAAGAUAGCUGUAGACUCGUCGGAUACGUCAAGCCUGACAUCACCGUGGUCACGAUCGACACCUCUCGACUUCGCGACCACUACUACCGCGCGCUAUUGUAUUGGCAGGUGAAGACAGGCAGUGAGCUCAACAAAGGAUUCGUUCAGGUCGUCUGGGCGCUCUUACUCGGUUCUUCCCUUCAAGACACGCGGUUUGCGGGCCUGGCGACAGGGAGGCGAUUCAUGAGGAUCAGGAUGGAUCCGAAAGGGAGGAUCGGGGUCGAUACGGCCCGAACUGACGUCUUUACGGAUAGAGCCGAGCGGGAGGGACUCGUCAUCGAGGACUUUCUCGCCAAGGCCAGGUUGAAACACGCACGCCACUUUCCGUUCGAGUUGACCGAAGAUCCUCACGAAUUCGACGAACAGAAUGGGAAUGUCCUGUUUUACGACUAUUGCGUUGCGCUUGGGAACCACGUUUUCGACCACUUUCACGGUCGGCCUGAAACGCCGCCUGUGGAUCUGGACGCCGAGGGGCUCGACUCUGUGAACGUACCGCUCGCUCAGGAGAUGGACCGAGUCAAGAAUCUCGAUGAUGAUACAGACUCGAUCAAGAAGGAACCUGGGAAGCGAAUUGCAGAGACGAUCAUCGAUCCGCGCAUCUAUAAGAAGGCCAGGAUCGCCACGACCGAGCCGGUAAAACGGGAUGCACCCCGCGUUGAUCUUUCUCGGGCAGGAUCGGCAUUGGGAUCAUCGACCGGGCUAGGUCACGGUGGAAACGCUGUCGACGAUACAACUCUCGAUGGCACGGACCCAGAUGACAGACCGGGAAACCUUGGCGCCUCUCGCUUUCCAGACAUGAAAACGGAGCCAGUCAACCACGACGGGACUCGCGACGAUGACUCGUCCUCGACCUCGAUGUCCAUGCCGGUCAUCACCGCUUGGGAGAGAAACAAGCUACAGAGGCAACUCGAGACUGAAUUCAACGACGCUGAUUGGGAGGUGUUUCACAAGUUGAAGCACAUCCGAGUCUGGCCAUACAAAGUCUUGUUUCCGCAACCGCAAGAAUGGUAUGUCUAUUACAGGCGAGGGCUUGCUUGUUGA